CUUUUCCUACGUCUGCUGGUCAGGUGACUGGUGCUGGGGCAGCUGGACAGUCAGCUUCAUCUAGCACAUUCUCAUAAAGCAUUAACAGAAGACAGACAGAGAGAGAGCAGAUAUCAGUGAAUCAGCGGUUAAAGGCGGACGGACUGCGCAUUGGACGUGCGGCCAUAAGGAGUCAUGGGCGACCGUGCGGCGCUUCUGCUGUUCAUAGUCGCGACUUCGUCGCUUGCUGCCGAGGUACCGUCGGAUGAUUCAGUGGGCUUGUUGGCAGAGCCUCAGGUGGCCAUGUUCUGCGGGAAACUCAACAUGCACAUCAACGUCCAGAGUGGCAAGUGGGAGCCUGAUCCUUCUGGCACUAAAAGCUGCAUUGGCACCAAGGAGGGAAUUCUGCAGUACUGCCAGGAGGUUUACCCUGAUCUGCAGAUUACUAAUGUAGUGGAAGCCAACCAGCCCGUCACUAUCCAGAACUGGUGCAAGAAAGGCAGACGUCAGUGCCGCAGCCAUGUGCACAUUGUGGUGCCCUACCGCUGCCUGGUUGGGGAGUUUGUGAGCGAUGCUCUUCUGGUUCCUGAUAAGUGUAAGUUCCUGCACCAGGAGCGGAUGGAUAUGUGUGAGAGCCACCUUCACUGGCACACUGUGGCCAAAGAGUCUUGUGGUGAUCAGUCCAUGAAUCUUCAUGACUUUGGGAUGCUCUUGCCAUGUGGUAUUGAUCGUUUCCGUGGUGUGGAGUUUGUGUGCUGCCCAGUGGAGGACCAGAGGGACUCUGAUGCUGAGGAGCAGGAGGAGGCUAUCUCAGACGUGUGGUGGGGAGGUGCUGAGACUGAGUACAGUGACAGACAAGCCCCUUUAGAACAGCAGGAGCAGGAGCAAGCCACCACAGAGGACGAUGAGGACACAGAUGAUGAUGAAGAAGAGGCCUGGGAUGAUGAGGACGGUGAUGGUGUGGAAGAUGUUGAUGAGGAAGACGAUGAGGGUGAAGAUGCCACAGAUGAACGUGAUACCAGUGAGCAAGCCUCAAAUGUUGCUAUGACAACCACCACCACUACAACCACUGAGUCCAUAGAAGAGGUUGUAAGAGCCGUGUGCUGGGCCCCAGCGCGGAGGGGCCCAUGUCGUGCCAAGCUGCCCCGCUGGUACUUUGUGGAAGAGAUGGGCCGCUGCGCCCCCUUCACCUUCGGGGGCUGCGGGGGCAACCGCAAUAACUUUGAGUCGGAGGAGUACUGCAUGGCUGUGUGCAGCAGCAGCGUGCUGCCCACUAUGGCCCCCAGUCCUCCUGAUGCUGUGGGCCGCUACCUGGAGGCUCCUGGAGACAUUAAUGAACACGCUCAUUUCCAGCAGGCCAAAGAACGUCUGGAGGCCAAACACAGGGAAAGGAUGUCUGAGGUGAUGAGGGAAUGGGAAGAGGCAGAGAGGCAGGCGAAGAGUCUUCCUCGUGCUGAUAAGAAGGCUGUUAUUCAGCAUUUCCAGGAAAAAGUAGAGGCACUGGAGCAGGAGGCUGCCAGUGAGAGACAGCAGCUGGUGGAGACUCACAUUGCUCGAGUAGAGGCUCUCCUCAAUGACCGUCGCCGCCUGGCACUUGACAGCUACCUAACUGCCCUGCAGGCUGACCAACCCCGGCCUCGUCAGGUGCUCAGCCUGUUUAAAAAGUAUGUGCGUGCUGAACAGAAAGACAGGCAGCAUACUCUCAAACACUUUGAGCAUGUGCGUAUGGUGGACCCCAAGAAAGCCGCUCAGAUCCGACCCCAGAUGCUGACCCACUUGCGAGUGAUUGAGGAACGUCUGAAUGAAAGUCUGAGCUAUCUCUACAAGGUCCCCCGAGUGGCCAAUGAAAUCCAGGACCAAGUAGUGGUGCUGAUGCAGCGAGUCCAGGCAGAGGCCACACAGCAGCUGUCUUCUCUGCAGACAGAUAUGAGAGUGAGUUACGGUAAUGAUGCUCUGAUGCCAGACUUGCCGGACAGCACUCCCCCUCUCGACGCUCUGCCUCCAGAACAGGACGGUCUGGGCUUCAUCCACCCUGAACGCUUCAAUCAGGCCAACACUGACAACCACGUUGAACCUGUAGAUGCCCGUCCAGCUCCAGACAGGGGAUUGCCCACACGACCCGUGUCCGGUCUGAAGCCAGAAGAGAUGCCAGAAGUGCGAAUGGACACUGAAGAGAGGCACAGUGCUGGAUAUGAAGUACAUCACCAGAAAUUGGUGUUCUUCGCAGACGAUGUGGGCUCCAAUAAGGGAGCUAUCAUUGGCCUAAUGGUGGGCGGUGUCGUCAUAGCAACUGUCAUUGUCAUCACCCUCAUAAUGUUGAGGAAGAAGCAGUAUACCUCCAUCCACCAUGGAGUCAUAGAGGUUGACGCCGCAGUGACCCCAGAAGAACGUCACCUCACUAAGAUGCAGCAGAAUGGCUAUGAGAAUCCCACCUACAAGUUCUUUGAGCAGAUGCAGAACUAAAGAGCAUCUCUAUCACCCCAUACCUUCCCCUCUCCCAUUCACACCACUACAUCAGGACAGAGAACACAGGCUCACCCUUCAUCUGCACUAGUGAUGAGCUCUGUUGCCAUGGAGAUGAGAGUGGCUUCACCAUUUCAUCUAAUCACAGAUGAGCGUUCACUUUGUUUUGCACAGCAAAAGCGAUGCAUCGUCUCACAUCCAGCCAUAAAUCUGUCUGUCUAUCUAUCUAUCUGGGCACUUA